UCAAAAAUAAAAAUAAUAAAAUCUGGGCGAUUCGCGAGAUUUGAACCGGGAGAAUCGUUGCAAUUCAAAUCGAUUCACCAACACUACAUCAAAUCUACGGUUUCCCUCUCUUAUAAUAUCUCUCUCUCUCUCUCUCUCUCUCUCUCUUUUUUUUUUCCCAAAUCAUAUCACACUUAUUCAUAAUCCGCCCCUUUUCUUUGUCUCAAGCAAAAAACAAUGACAGUCGACGCCAUCUCUUCACCCGUUUCACGCCGAAAAUCAACAACCGCCGUCGAAAAACCCAAAUCUCGCUCUCCCCGGACCCGAACCACCCCGAAAAAAUCACACCCAAAACCCUUAUGGAAAACCAUUCUCAGUAUAUUCAUCAAGAAUUCCAUCCUUCUACUUAUACUAAUCCUUUUAGUCAAAAUGGUAACUAAAUUCGCUUCCUUUAACACAAACGAUUUAUCGUAUUAUUCGUACGAAAAAAGAUUCGAAGAAAUGGAUGUUUUCUUGAAAACCACCACUAAAAUGAUCCAAAACCGAGUUGAUUUCAUUGAUCAAAAGAUUUCAAAAGAAACCGACGGUUUGAAAACCGAAUUGGUCAACAGAAUUGAUGAUAACCGGGCUGAGUUUACAGCCCGGUUUCAAGAAUUGGGUCAAAAAGUUGUAAAAAAAUCGGAAAUUUCUCAUUUGGUGACCAAAGAUGAAUUUGGUAUGUUUUUAGAUCAUGAAUUCAAGAAUGGGUUUAAAGGCGGAUUUGGGGAUUCUAUAAAACUUGAUAAAGUUAAACAAUUUGCUAAAGAAAUUGUCGAAAAUGAAAUUGAGAAACAUUCUGCAGAUGGGAUUGGCAGGGUGGACUAUGCGGCUGCGUCUGGUGGGGGUAAGAUUGUGAGUCAUUCGGAUUGUUUUUAUCGAAAGGUUUUUGAUAAGUUGAAGUGGAAAAAUAGGGUUAGUGGGGAUGCUGUGAACAUGCUGCAGCCGAGUUUUGGUGAGCCUGGACAAUGUUUUCCGCUUAAAGGGAAUAACGGGUUUGUUGAAAUUAAGCUUAGGACUGCUAUAAUUCCCGAGGCUAUAACUCUUGAACACGUUGCCAAGAGUGUGGCAUUUGAUAGAUCAACCGCUCCCAAGGACUGCAGGGUCUUUGGAUGGUUGCACAACAAGGGUUCAGAACAGAUACAAUUGCUUACAGAGUUUGUGUAUGACCUUGAAAAGAGCAGUGCUCAGACUUUCAAUGUUUUGUACACAGGAGGAUCAAGCAUUAUUGAUACAAUCAGGCUAGAUUUCACGUCCAAUCAUGGAAACCCGGAACAUACAUGCAUUUAUCGGUUAAGGGUGCAUGGUCAGGAACCCCAUUCAUUGUCAUCCCUUGCAUUGCAGUCAUGACUUUUAUGUUCGUAAUGUUCUGUCAUGUCUUCGUAUGGGUUUUGAACGAUAGUUCAGUAUGUUACUUAAGCACUUGAAGUUUGUUUUAGAUCCAUAUUAUAUGUAUGUACAUUGUUAUGGAUGGUUGGAGAAGCAAGUGUUGACAGAUUAUCUCUCAA